GGUUUGUUUUUAGAUGGGCUCCACAUCCAGUGUGGAGCCCAGUGCGGGGCUUGAAUCCAUGACCCUGAGAUCCAGACCUGAGCCGGGAGCGGGAGUCGGGCACUUACUUAAUCAGCUGAGCCAUCCGAGUGCCCUCCUUUCUUUUGUGUUUAUUCUUAGUUUGCGGUGGUGGCGUUAUCUCUGCACAGGGGACUGGGUGGCACCAGUGUUGGAAUGGGGCCUUUGCCCACCCUCACCCCCCACUUUUGUUGAAGGGCUGUGACUGCAGGCCUUCGGGGACACCGAGUGGGGCCAGUGGGCUGGAUCUGCCACUUCAUAGAACCUGAUGCUAAGUGGAACUACGCGAUGGUGACGAUUGUCCCUUCAUUCUGGAGACACACGUGAGAGCUGUCACAGGGAGAGCUGCGUGGUACGCAGGAAGCUGCCAAGCUGAGAGCGGCCGAUGCCCAGCGUCCGAGCGAGCCGUGCGCGGGUGGCGGAAGGUCUGGAUCUGGCUGUCCCCGGUUCCGUCCUUCCGCGCCGGGUCCUGGGCUCACCCUGGGCCGCCGAGGACUGUGUCCGUCACUCCGAGCCGCAGAGGACCGUGCGCGCCUGGUUCCCGGCAGGCGGGGAGAGAUCGAGGUGCGGCCUGAAUCCACGCCUCGGGGUGCGCCGCUCCGAGGCCCGCAGACCCGGUGCCCGCAGACCCGGUGCCCCGCGGAACGGCCUGUCCACGCGGCCUGAGCGAGGAGCUCCCGCGGCCAGGACCGCGCUCCCGGCGUGACCUGGCGGAGUCCGGGGCCGAGCCGGAGGCGGAGGGCGCGGCGGGGCUCGGAGCGCCGCGGCGGGACUCGACCAUGUCGCAGGAGGCGUUCUCGUUUGAAGAUCUAUCUGUGGACUUCACCCAGAAGGAAUGGCAGCUCCUGGAUCCCAGUCAGAAGGACCUGUACAGGGAUGUCAUGUUGGAGAACUACAGCAGCCUUGUUUCCCUGGGGUACGAAGUCGUGAAACCUGAGGUCAUCUUCAAGUUGGAGCAAGGGGAAGAGCCAUGGACCGGAGACGGGGAGGCCCCGAGUACAGGCGGCCCAGAACAAGUUUUGCAAGUAAAUGGUCACAUGGCAUGGCAGCAGGAUAACCAAGAGAAGCUUAGAAAUAUGAAGCAAGAUCAUGAAUGUGAUGCAUUUGGGAAAAAAUUCAAUCUGAGCAUGAACUUUGUUCCGUUAAGGAAAUCAAACAGUGAAGAUGAUGUAGAUGGAUUACUUUUAAAACAUCACUUAGAUUUACUUAUUCCAAAAGCAGAUUAUGGAAAAACGGAAGCAGGUGGCUUAAGUGUAUUUGAUAAGUUGUUUCUCCAUCCCAAACCUGAGGAAACUGAUAAUUGGUUAAAAUACUAUGAGUAUGAUAAAUAUGAUAAAAUUAACUCUAAGAAGUCACAGAUUAUCAUAUAUCAUAGAAACCGUUUAGGGGAGAAACUCUAUGAAUGCAGUGAAUGUAGGAAACGCUUCAAUAAGAAAUCAAGUCUCAUUAAACAUCAGAGCAGACAUAUAAGAGAGAUCGCCUAUGGCUGUGGUAACUGUGGCAAAACCUUUCCCCAGAAGUCACAGUUUAUUACGCAUCACAGAACUCAUACAGGAGAGAAACCUUAUGAUUGUGGCCAGUGUGGGAAGGCCUUCUCCCAGAAGUCGCAGCUCACAUCCCAUCAGAGAACACACACAGGAGAGAAACCAUAUGAAUGUGGUGAAUGUGGGAAAGCCUUCUCCCGGAAGUCACAUCUCAUCUCACACUGGAGGACACACACAGGUGAAAAACCCUAUGGGUGCAACGAGUGUGGGAGGGCCUUUAGUGAGAAGUCAAAUCUUAUUAAUCAUCAGAGAAUUCAUACAGGAGAGAAACCUUUUGAAUGCAGAGAAUGUGGGAGAGCUUUCAGCAGGAAGUCACAGCUCGUUACACAUCACAGGACUCACACAGGAACAAAACCCUAUGGAUGUAGUGAUUGCAGAAAAGCCUUCUUUGAGAAAUCAGAGCUCGUUAGACAUCAGACAAUUCAUACUGGAGAGAAGCCCUACGAAUGCAAUGAAUGUCAGAAAGCCUUCAGAGAGCGGUCGAGUCUCAUUAACCACCAGAGAACUCACACAGGAGAGAAGCCUCAUGUGUGCAUUCAGUGUGGGAAAGCCUUCUCCCAGAAGUCACAUCUCAUAUCCCAUCAAAUGACACACACAGGAGAGAAACCCUUUGUAUGCAGUAAAUGUGGGAAAGCCUUCAGCAGGAAAUCUCAGCUUGUUAGACAUCAGAGAACUCACACAGGAGAAAAGCCCUAUGAAUGCAGUGAAUGUGGGAAGGCUUUCAGUGAAAAAUUAAGCCUUACUAAUCAUCAGAGAAUUCAUACAGGAGAGAAGCCCUAUGUGUGCAGCGAGUGUGGGAAAGCCUUUUGUCAGAAGUCACAUCUCAUAUCCCAUCAGAGGACUCACACAGGAGAGAAACCCUAUGAAUGCACUGAAUGUGGGAAAGCCUUUGGUGAGAAGUCAAGUCUUGCAACUCACCAGAGAACUCAUACAGGAGAAAAACCGUAUGGGUGCAGGGAUUGUGAAAAAGCCUUCUCCCAGAAGUCACAGCUGAAUACUCACCAGAGAAUCCACACAGGAGAGAAACCCUACGAAUGCAGUCUUUGUAGGAAAGCUUUCUUUGAGAAAUCGGAACUAAUUAGACAUCAAAGAACUCAUACAGGAGAAAAACCAUACAAAUGCAGCGAGUGUGGGAAAGCCUUCAGGGAGAAGUCAAGCCUCAUCAAUCAUCAGAGAACACACACAGGUGAGAAACCCUUUGAGUGCGGCGCAUGUGGCAAAGCCUUUUCUCGGAAAUCACACCUAAUACCACAUCAGAGGACACACACCGGAGAGAAGCCCUACGGCUGCAGCGAAUGUAGGAAAGCCUUCUCUCAGAAAUCACAGCUUGUUAAUCACCAGAGAAUACACACAGGAGAGAAGCCCUACCAGUGCCAUGAAUGUGCGAAAGCCUUCUCCCAAAAGUCACAGCUCAUUAAUCACCAGAGGACUCAUACAGCGAAGAAAUCCUAGGACUGGGGUUAUUGCUACUCUCUGACAGAGCUCUCAGCUCUUCGUUCGUCAGAAAAUGUAGUUAGGGUAAACCUUUGAGAUAAAUAGUCACAUCACAUUUUACGUCUGUCUGGGUAAUCUUUUAGGGUAGGAACUCUGAGGUUAUGUAGGGAGAGCUUUCAGCAGGUUAACCUGUUCGUGUAAGAACCCUGAGAGUAGAAUGAACCUGUGAAAUGCAAUGACUUUGAAAACCCUGUCAGACAUACAGUGGGAAAUGAAAAGCAAUGAGAAGUACUGUGAACGUCGGAAAGCCUUGCAGAGGUGACACCUCAUUUGCUGUUGGGAAGUAUCCUCACUGGGGUAAACCCUAGUCCAGUAAAUGAAGAAAAACCCCAUGAAUGCAGCAAGUAAUGUCCUAUUUUCAUCAAGAAUCACAGGUCAUUGUACAUUAAGAAAAUACUCUCAGGAAUGAAGCUCAGUGGAAAUGCUAAAUGUGGGACAGUCUUCAUCAGGUAAUCCAACCAUAUUGUAUUUGGGGGGAUUUCAUAAUGUGGGUCAGACUAACAGUUUAAAGACCUUGGAAACGUGCCCCUAGAAAUAAGGCUAUAAAGGGAAGCCAUGCAUUUUUUAAUAGGUGGGGUUAUCAGAAAUGCCCAAUUCUAAUGGUUGAUCAGUGUUCACUCUGAAGAAUGAAGUUUUUAAAAAUGUGUGAAUAAAUGAAGUCAUUGAAGCAUAUGAAUAAGACACUUCUCAGUGGUACGGCUUAUUUUCCUGUGUUACACAGUGUGUGUCAUAUUUUGGAAUCACAUGUGUAAACGUAAUUGCGAGCAUGAAACGCACAUACCAUACCUGGUAGUGCCUCUGAUGUCAGGACAUACUGCGUGCUGCUGGUAUUUCUGUUUCACUGAUACAGUAAAAAGAGCAAUCGAUACACCUCUUACUGCUAAUACGCAGCUUAAGUGAUAGCACCACAUCCUUUUUCCUUAUGGCUUGUUGGCAUAUAAAAGGGGUCUGUUGUUGCUGACCUUUCUCUUCAGUUCUGAAAGGCAACAUUAUAUAAAUAUGUUUGCAACCUGAGAGAAUUUAUAUAAAAUCUGGUUAAUAAGUAUUCAAAGGCAGGAACCACAACCUAGCAAUAGUGACUCAUGAAUGAACAGAAGAAAGCAGGUGUGUGAACUCUAUCACUCAGCUCUUACUCAGGCUAAAUGGCAGUCAUGCUCUGCACAGUCUUGUUCCUAUUCAUCUUGGCACCUCCGUGCAUCAAGUAGAUGUACUUAAAUACAGCGUGUAUGUUACUUCACUGAUGAAAUAUCAUGAUGCUGUGUGCUGUUACAUUUCUGGUGUUUCUUAAAGUAUCUUGUAAAAAACACUAGCUGGAGAAGCCAAUUUAAGAGUCACUGUUCAGAAAAUGUAAAAUCCAGAUUCUUGUGGUGAGAAAAAUAUUUUUGGUGUAUUCAAGGAAGCCUGUUUUGCCUUCCUGUGAAUUUCUGUAACUACUGGAUUGGUAUUAAGAAAUAGGAUUUUCACUGUUGCAUCAUUUGAAAUAUCUGUGUUUCUCCUUUUGUCACCAGUUGUACCCUCUAAUGGAGACUCCUGCUGUGAACCUUUCAUGUCCAGUAGGGUUCGCUUUGGCAGUGCAUGACCCACCCCUUAGCUUAGGUAGAACUUUGCAGUGAUCUUUACAAUAUUCCUUGACAAAGUCAACAGUAUUCUUUGUAUGAUAGUGAAAUUCAGAGAAAUCCAGCCCUGACCUUGUUACCAGGCUUGGAAAAAAAUCAAGACUUCUCUCAUACACAAGUUGCUUUAUCAGUAUGGUGUCUUGCACUUUUGAUUCUAGCAGUAUUUUUUUCCUUUAGUUGCCAAUUUUAACAUCAUUGUUGAAAAUUGGGACUUAAAGAGUAAUUCUCUAAACCACUGUACCAAGUUAAAAGUAUCUAAGUUCUCAAGUUUGUAUUCAUUCUCAAAUAUAUGGACUUCCUACUUUUCUGCAUAAUACCUGAAAGUGAUUUUUUUAAAGAUUUUAUUUGUUUAUUUGACAGACAGAGAUCACAAUUAAGCAGAGAGGCAGGCAGAGAGAGGAGGAAACAGGCUCCCUGCUGAGCAGAGAGCCUGAUGUGGGGCUUGAUCCCAGGACCCUGGGAUCAUGACCUGAGCCGAAGACAGAGGCUUUAACCAACUGAGCCACCCAGGCACCCCCCUGAAAGUGAUUUUUAUCAACUUCAUUUGUAAGACAGUAGUGACAGAGUGAUGUCUUAUUUUGUAGAUUUUCCCAUUUUUAAAUUUCUAUCCAUCAUGAUUCUCUUUACUAGUCCCAGAGGUUGAUUCAUUAGUUCUUGGAUUGAGCUUGGAGUCUGUUGUCUAAAAGUGACCUAAUUUUGCUCUCUUUAACUCUAGAUGAUUCCAUUUACUCUUAAGCAGUUAAACCCAGUACUUUCCUCACUAAAUAAUAGAGUUUUGGCACUAGCCCAUUGAUCUAAUACCCAAAAGCAGGUUUUUCCCUUAGUACCAGUUAGCAGCCAUCCGAAGGGCUCAUGCUGGCAGCAGAGGUCUCGUUUAUCAGAAUGCCUUCUGUGGAGGUCCAGCUAUGUUGUGCAGAACUCACUAGGGACUCUUUCUGAAGUCACAAGGGUUUUGAUUCUGAAAUUAGAUAUUUUUAGUGUCUAUUUUUUAAAUUACCUUGGUAAACCAUAAAAAAAAUAUGACCCCAUAUUUCCGCUCAUUGGUUCCUACCACAGAUCCCACCCGAAGAAGAAAACCGAUUUUAUAGAGGGAUUUAUGUGUAGCUUCCUGGUGUGCAAUAGGUUAUGUUGGUUGAAUGUGUAAGGAGACCAGGGGGAAGGAGCAUCCCCACUCAGGUUCCCCCACUGGCCUGGAGACAGUCCUGCAGAGGACAAUUCCUACUGCAUUCCUUUUGCUAAAUAAAGUCUGAGUUUUGGAACCUGGCCUAGGAGGGCCUUCUGUUUAGCGUUUCUCUGUGGGCUUUGGUAAUCAGACGCAGUUACCUCUGUGUGGAUAUGUGUGCUGGACAUUUUGAUUUCAAUAUCAACCCUUGUAGAGCCCAAGGAGAAGGAAACCCAAAGAAUAUCCAGUUUAUCCAGCAAUACCUGUAUCAAAAAGCAGAAUGCAGAUCAGUGGGGAUUUGGAAUCUCCACUGGAGGUACUCAUUGGCCGCUUAUUCCAGCAAUAUGCUCGGGUGGUCGAUUUCGUCGAACUCCUGAGUCUGUAAAUACUGUACCCACAAGCUGGUCUGGCCCAAGUGCAGACACGCUCACCCCCACCGUGACCCUUGUCCAUUUCCCACACUUAGUAGUUAAUUUAAGAUGCAGUUCUGAUUAUGCACUCCUCUGUUGAAAUACCAUGUGGCUAAUUGUGGACUUAAAGUAUACUGGCCUCAUGGUAGAUGAGGACUUCUACAGAAACUCAGCCUGUUAUUUCUGAAUGUCUGUCCUCCUACACAGUACUUUUUUGGCCUCCUCAAACUACUUGCAGUUCCUUGAGGUUUCGCAAAGCUUUUCGCCAGUCUUCUGUCCCUGAAAUGCCUGUGUUCCUUGUUAAUGCCUGUCCACACUUUAUGAACCCGCACACGUGUCUUCUCACUGUGAUAAUAUAACUAUCACAUGUCUCUUCCAUUAGAAAGCUUCUGGAAAGCUGGGACUUACCUUCUUUGUAUAGUUUUAACAACUGAAGCUGUGACAUACAAGCGUGGGUGCUCUCGGUGGCUUCCCCGCCCCCAUGUGGGGAAGCACUGUUUACAGAGAGACAAGAAUGAAGCCAUGGAAACUUGUGCUCCAAGAGCUGCUGCUUCUGGUCUUGAUGUCCAGGUUCACCUCUCCUGCCCUUUUCAUGCCUUGAUUGUUGCAUUCUUCUGUGAGAUACUCCAAAUAUCCUUGUAAUAAAUUCUGAUGUUAGCUUCGA